UGAGGAGCAGUGAGAAGCCAAAGGACCCCAGCAAGAAGAGUGGGAAGGAGCGGCAGCCCCAGGUUGAGGCUGUGUUCUGAAAGAUUGAACUCAAGCGACAGUUCAUGAAAGAAAGGCCACCUCAAAGGGUACCUCAUACUUGUCUGGGCUCUUCUACUCUGGAUGCCCCCUGCUCUGAGGAACCUGCUGCUGAGAACCAAAGAAGAUAGGAGGCCAGAUAACUUUUCCCUAAGUACAGUGCGGGCCGGCUGGAGUCAGGCAUCUGCACCCCUAGUGUCUGGCCGCUGAGACUGGUGAGGAGUUUCUUGUUUCCUUCCAGGUUGUGGCUUCAGUGCUUGAUGGGGCUGCCUAUUGGUGGAUCAGUUUUUGCAGUGCCUAGUAGGAGCAGAAAGCCGUGGGAAGAGGGCCCGCGGCGCCCAAGCCUGGGCUCACCCCAAGACUAAGUUCUUUCCCAAGUUAGAGAGGGAGAGAGAAAGCGAAAAAAAAGAGUGCCCCCUUCCCUCCUCCCUACCCGUCAUGUCCUCCAAGCCGGAGCCGAAGGAUGUCCACCAGCUCAACGGGACUGGCCCUACUGCCUCACCCUGCUCUGCAGAUGGUCCCGAGCGAGAGCCCUUGGCUGGAACCUCGGAGUUCCUGGGGCCUGACGGGACUGGGGUAGAGGUGGUAGUGAUUGAGUCUCGGGCUAACGCCAAGGGGGUUCGGGAGGAGGACGCCCUGCUGGAGAACGGGAGCCAGAGCAACGAAAGUGACGACGUCAGCACAGACCGUGGCCCCGCACCACCCUCCCCUCUCAAGGAGACCUCCUUUUCCAUUGGGCUGCAAGUGCUGUUUCCCUUCCUCCUGGCAGGCUUUGGGACUGUGGCAGCCGGCAUGGUGUUGGACAUUGUGCAGCACUGGGAAGUCUUCCAGAAGGUGACAGAGGUCUUCAUCCUGGUGCCUGCACUGCUGGGGCUCAAGGGGAACCUAGAAAUGACCCUGGCAUCCAGGCUUUCCACCGCAGCCAACAUUGGGCACAUGGACACACCCAAGGAGCUCUGGCGGAUGAUCACAGGGAACAUGGCACUCAUCCAGGUGCAGGCCACAGUGGUGGGCUUCCUGGCGUCCAUCGCAGCUGUCGUCUUUGGCUGGAUCCCUGAUGGCCACUUCAGUAUUCCUCAUGCCUUCCUACUCUGUGCGAGUAGUGUGGCCACAGCCUUCAUUGCCUCCUUGGUACUGGGUAUGAUCAUGAUUGGGGUCAUCAUUGGCUCUCGCAAGAUUGGGAUCAACCCAGACAAUGUGGCCACACCCAUUGCUGCCAGCCUGGGCGACCUCAUCACCUUGGCCUUACUCUCAGGCAUCAGCUGGGGACUCUACCUGAAACUAGAGGGCUGGCGAUACAUCUACCCCCUGGUGUGUGCCUUCUUCGUGGCCCUGCUGCCUGUCUGGGUGGUGCUGGCCCGGCGGAGCCCAGCCACGAGGGAGGUGUUGUACUCAGGCUGGGAGCCUGUCAUCAUCGCCAUGGCCAUCAGCAGUGUGGGAGGCCUCAUCUUGGAUAAGACUGUCUCAGACCCCAACUUUGCAGGAAUGGCUGUCUUCACACCUGUGAUUAAUGGUGUUGGGGGCAAUCUGGUGGCUGUCCAGGCCAGCCGAAUCUCCACUUUCUUACACAUGAAUGGGAUGCCAGGGGAAAACUCCGAACAAGCUCCUCGCCGCUGCCCCAGUCCUUGUACCACCUUCUUCAGCCCUGAUGUGAAUUCUCGCUCGGCCCGGGUCCUCUUCCUCCUCGUGGUUCCAGGACACCUGGUAUUCCUCUACACUAUCAGCUGUAUGCAGGGCGGGCACACCACCCUCACACUCAUCUUCAUUGUCUUCUACAUGACAGCUGCACUGCUCCAGGUGCUGAUUCUUCUUUAUAUCGCAGACUGGAUGGUGCACUGGAUGUGGGCCCGGGGCCUGGACCCAGACAACUUCUCCAUCCCGUACUUGACAGCUCUGGGGGACCUGCUUGGCACUGGGCUCCUAGCACUCAGCUUCCAUAUUCUCUGGCUCAUUGGGGACCGAGACACGGAUGUUGGGGACUAGUUUGGUCACUCAAUCUUCUCCCACCCCUCUGCACUUUCUAUUUUAAAUUGUUCUUUUGUUCCCAUUCCCCUCCCCAACUCCACACUCCCACCUCUUUCUAGGACUUCACUUUGAUACUGAAUUCUCAUUAUUUUCAAUGGGAAUUUUUAUACAUUGAGCCAAGUUUGUAUAGCAAGAAUUCAGGAAGGACAGAUGGACUGAGAUAAACAGUGCAAGUAGAUUUUAGAGACAAUCACCAAGUGCAAUUUCAUGGUGGGUGCCUCCAGGUGGAUUGGCUAGGGGUGUUCUGUCUGGGAUCUGGGGACAUUUGGUUUAGCUUUAGCAACCUCAGUCUUGACCCUAAUGAGAAAUCUUUUGUGAGUGGGCUCUGGUUUUUAGUUUCAUCUUUCUUUUUUUUUGUUGUUGUUUUUUUGGUUGAACAGACAGAAGAAUAUCACUGCCCCCAAAGCAUACCCUUCUAGAAGUGGACCAACCUCAAAGCACUGGAUAGGAGACAACUGCUUCCGGCCACAUAUAAACCUAGCCCUGUUAUCUGCCCUAUGAACUUAGGCCUCCUGUGCCCAGAAAGAGUGUGGUGGACUGACUAUUCAAAGUGUGGGUAUGCAUCUUACCCGAUUGCCUGAUAACCACCAACAACACUUCCUCUGAUCUUUGUCUAAUUGAUUGCCACAUGCAGGAGGAAAUGAGCAGUGGUCUGGUCUCCCCUUUUGACCCGUGUCCACCCAUGGGUUGCCAAGAUCCACAGUCU